UUGUUCUUCCCGAGUAGAUCAAAGGCUAAAGGGGAAGCAUUUCCACUUCGUUCGCUACAAGGAUAUUAGUAGUGCUUGUCCCUGUUUAUAUUGGUUUUGAGUAACGGAAUGGGUUUUUUAUUUUCGGUGUUAACUGUUAAUCUGUGAUUUUAUGUUAACAGUUUGUAAAGUUUUUUAACUUUUGAGUUCUGUAUGAUCUAGUUUUACGAGGGCAUUCUCUGUCCCGGUGUUCAAGCGUUGAACCGAACUAGUCGGUUUUGUUUGAGAAGAAUAUCUGUAAAAGAUGAGUGAAGGAGAUAGUAUGCAGGAGAAUGGCAUCUCUCCCGACACAGGGAGUGAGGAGCCACCAAAGAAGGCUCCAGCCAAGAAACUGACGGUGGAGAAGAUCUACCAGAAGAAGUCACAGUUGGAGCACAUCCUGCUUCGUCCCGACACCUAUAUUGGUUCUGUCGAGCCUGUCACUGAAACCAUGUGGGUGUAUGACGCUGAGCUGGAGGCCAUGUCUCAGAAAGAAAUCACAUAUGUUCCUGGACUCUACAAGAUUUUUGACGAAAUCUUAGUCAACGCAGCUGAUAACAAACAGCGGGACCCAAAGAUGGAUUGUAUCAAAAUCACAAUAGACGCAGAAGCCAACACGGUGUCCGUUUGGAACAACGGAAAGGGAAUCCCUGUGGUCGAGCACAAGGACGAGAAGAUGUUCGUCCCCACCAUGAUCUUCGGGCAUCUGUUGACUUCCUCCAACUACAACGACGAAGAGGAGAAAGUAACAGGCGGCAGGAACGGGUUUGGAGCAAAGCUCUGCAACAUAUUUAGUACCAAGUUCACUGUCGAGACUUCUUCUUCAGAGUACAAACGCUGUUUCAAACAGACUUGGGGAAACAACAUGGCAAAGGCUUCCGAGCCCAAAAUCAAGCCGUGUACUAAAGAUGACGACGACUACACGAAGAUAACUUUCUCGCCUGACCUCACCAAGUUCAAGAUGGAUCGACUGGAUGACGGCAUCGUCUCUCUCAUGUCCCGGAGAGCCUACGAUGUUGCGGCCUCCACACGUGGCGUCAAAGUUUUCCUAAAUGGGAAGCGUUUGCCUAUCAAGACCUUCAAGGACUACGUGGAACUGUACAUUAAAGGCAAGGAGGAUGAGACAGGAAACCCGUACAAAGUGAUUUACGAAAACGUCAACGACAGGUGGGAGGUUGCUGUGACCAUCUCCGAUCGUGGCUUCCAACAAGUGUCGUUCGUCAACAGCAUUGCUACGACCAAGGGUGGGAGACACGUGGACCAUGUAGCUGACAUGAUCGUUAAACAGCUGAUCGACACCAUCAAGAAGAAGAACAAGGGUGGGUUAACAGUGAAACCCUUCCAAGUGAAGAACCACAUGUGGAUAUUUGUCAACUGUCUCAUCGUCAACCCCACGUUCGACUCCCAGACUAAAGAGACCAUGACACUUCAAGCUAAAAGCUUUGGAUCCAAGUGCAACUUGCCAGAAAAGUUCAUUAACAGUGUCUCAAAGUCGGGGAUCAUCGAGAACGUCUUGUCUUGGGCGAAGUUCAAGGCACAAACACAGCUCCAGAAAACUUGCAGUGGCAAGAAACAAAACAAACUUAAAGGAGUGCCCAAGUUAGAAGACGCAAAUGACGCAGGCACGAAAAACUCACUGGACUGCACUUUGAUAUUGACUGAGGGAGAUUCAGCCAAGAGUUUGGCUGUGAGCGGGCUCGGUGUGGUCGGCCGUGACAAGUACGGUGUGUUCCCACUCCGAGGUAAACUGCUCAACGUGCGCGAGGCCACGCACAAACAGAUUUUGGAGAACGCGGAAAUCAACAACAUUAUCAAGAUUGUUGGGCUUCAGUACAAAAAGAAAUACGAGACAAUGGACGACUUGAGGACCCUACGAUAUGGCAGGCUCAUGAUAAUGACAGAUCAAGAUCAGGACGGAUCACAUAUCAAAGGGCUCAUCAUCAAUUUUAUCCACACCAACUGGCCUUCGCUGCUCAAGCUGCCGUUCCUGGAGGAAUUCAUCACUCCCAUCAUCAAGGCGUCGAAAGGGAAGGAGGAGAUCUCAUUUUAUUCUCUGCCAGAGUUCGAGGAAUGGAAGAAAGAAAAGGACAACUGGCACACGUACAAGAUCAAAUACUACAAAGGUUUGGGUACCUCCACUUCAAAGGAGGCCAAAGAAUAUUUCUCAGACAUGAAGAGGCACAGGAUCUUGUUCAAGCACGGGGGAGAUGAGGAUGAUAAACACAUCCUGAUGGCCUUCAGCAAGAAGCUUGUAGACUCACGAAAGGAAUGGCUCACCAACUGGAUGACAGACUGCAAGCGGAGAGCUGAACUCGGUCUGCCUGAGGACUACUUGUACACGAAGACUACUCGUGUCGUGAGCUACAAGGAUUUCAUCAACAAGGAGUUAGUUCUGUUCAGCAACAUGGACAACGAACGCUCCAUCCCCAGCCUCGUGGAUGGUCUCAAACCUGGAUCCCGGAAGGUCCUUUUCACGUGCUUGAAACGUAACGAUAAGCGGGAGAUCAAGGUGGCGCAGCUGGCAGGUUCAGUGGCCGAACACUCGGCGUAUCACCACGGUGAAAUGUCGCUCAUGUCCACAAUCAUCAAUUUAGCGCAAAACUACGUCGGCAGCAACAACUUGAACCUGCUGCAGCCUAUUGGUCAGUUCGGCACAAGACUACAGGGCGGCAAGGACGCGGCCAGCCCCAGAUAUAUCUUCACAAUGAUGAGCCCCCUGACAAGACUCAUCUUUCAUCCCCACGACGAUCCACUGCUCAAAUAUCUAAAAGACGACAACCAGAAGAUUGAACCUGUUUGGUACAUUCCAAUAAUACCGAUGAUCCUGGUGAACGGCGCCUCCGGUAUCGGCACUGGCUGGAUGACAAAAAUACCCAACUACAACCCUCGUGAGAUCAUCCAAGUGCUAAAAAGGAUGAUGGAGGGAGAAGAAGCGCACAAUUUGAAACCAUGGUACAAGAACUUCCGCGGAGACAUAGAGCAGUUCGGCAUGGACAGCUACAUGUGCAGUGGGGAGUUGUCUGUGAUGGGGCCAGACAAGCUGGAGAUCACGGAACUGCCUAUCGGUACGUGGACUCAGGCCUACAAGGAGGCCGUCAUGGAGGUGAUGCUGCACGGAGACACCGAUAAGAAACCCGCAGUCAUCUCAGACUACAAGGAGUAUCAUACUGACACGACAGUCAGAUUCGUCGUGACACUGUCUGCAGACAAACUACUGAAGUUGGAAGAGGAAGGUCUCCACAAAGCUUUCAAGCUGCAGUCCAGUAUGAGCAUCUCUUGCAUGUGCGCAUUUGACAAGGACAAUGUCCUGAAAAAGUACGAAAACAUCAAAACAAUCCUCACAGAGUUCUACGAGGUGAGACUGGAGUACUACGAGAAGAGGAAGGCUUACCUGGAGGGGAUGCUGCAGGCUGAGGCGGCCAAGCUAAGCAACCAGGCCAGGUUCAUCGUUGAGAAAUGUGAUGGCAUUUUGACCAUUGAGAACAAAAAGAAGAAGGCCAUGAUUGAAGAGUUGGUCAAGAAAGGUUACGACUCCGAUCCCGUAAAAGCUUGGAAACUGAAGCAAGACAGGGAAGCAGUUUUGGAGGAGCAGGGAGAUGAUAGCCAGGAGGAGGUGGAGGAGGAGGAAAGUACGAAGGGUCCAGACUAUGACUACCUGCUGGGCAUGACCAUGUGGAGUCUGACCAAGGAGAAGAAGGACGAACUGCUGAGGAAACGAGACGAAAAGCAAACCGAACUGAGGAUUCUGCAAGCCAAAACCCCUAAAAUUAUCUGGAACGAGGACUUGGACAAUCUUCUUGAGAAAAUGGAUGAGGUUGAGACUCAGGAGAGGCUGGAGGAGGCGGCAGGAUCGUCGCAGACAGGUGGCAAGAAACCUCUCAAGCUCAAGCCUGGCGCCACCAUGUCGAAGAAGGCACAGCAGUUGGCAGCUGAAACCAUGCCGUCGCCCAAGGGCCGUCGAGUCGAGCCGAAAAUCCCAGAAGAAACCAAGAAGAAGCUGGAAAAGGCCAUUCAGGCCAAGGAGAACAAGGGGAAGAGAACGAAAAAGAUAAAAGAAGAACCGGAUGACAAGGACGAGUUUGACAUGAUAGCGGAGGAUCAGAAGUCGCUUGUGGACAAACUUGGCUACUCACCAGAAAAAGGGAUGAAGAAAGCUAAGGGAGUGAAGAAGGAACCGAAACAGUCAAAACCAAAAACGAAAGGCUCGCCUAAGAAGAAGGGCAGAAACCCCUGGAGUGAUUCUGAAGACGACGGAUCAUUCAGUUCUGGCAGCGAUUUCGAUCAGUCGCCACCUGAAAAGUCUACUCCCGUCAGGACCACUGCAAGACGUUCUGCUGCUGCCAACAUAAAAUUCAAUUUCGACGAGAACUCCUCGUCGGAUGAAGAAAUGGAACUGAAGGACAACGAGGCUGUACUCAAUGGAGAUGAUAUAAAACAGGAAAUUGAUGAUGACCUUGACGACGGUGACUUCCACUCAGAGAACAACGUGCCAUCAGACAGCGAGGAUGAGAAACCAAAGAAGAAGGCAGGUGGUGGCCGCAAGAAGAAGCCAGGUUCAGAUGGAGAAUCAGAGCCUAAGAAACCCAAGAAAGCACCAGCAAAACCCAAGCCCAAGAAGAAGAAGGGAUCAGACUCAGAUUCGGAGGACGAUUUUGCACCCAAGAAAACUAAAAGUAAAGCUGCCCCCAAGGCCAAAAAGGUGACAUCCACUGCUACCAGUGAAAAUGACAGUGACUCGGACUUUGGAAUGAAACAACCUCCCUCUAGAGCGGUGGAAGAAGACAGGGACGCCCUGUUUGACUCGUUAUUGAUGUCAGAACCAGUGAAGAAGACAACAGUCGAUACUUAUAGCACAGAACCAGAUUCACCUGUAAAAAAAUCAAAACCUGCCCCUAAACCCAAAAAAGCAGAGACAGCGAAGCCCAAGAAAGCAGCGACGAAGAGGCCUAAGAAAGCAGCAGGCUCUGACUCCGAUGACAUGUUCGGUGAAGAGCCCAAGAAAAAAGCAAAAAAAAGAAGAAAGCUGCAAACUCAGACAGUGAAGACGACUUCAUCAUCAGCUCCGGUGACGAGAAGGCCAAAGCCCCUGCUCGAUCGACGACAGGGAGGACGAGAAAACCGAUAAAGUAUGAUUUUGAUAUUGAAGAUUCGGAUUAAACCGGCUCGUAUUUGUACAGUUUUCCAAUGUGAUUUGUGGAGGAACCUCACUGUUUACAGAUGAAAACAAUGUGUCUCAGAAAUGGAUAUUAUUUUUUUUAUAUACAUGGCUAGUACCAGUACUUUUUUAUCUUUGAUUUUAUUGUAUUUUUUAAUUCAGCUCCUUCAAUUUUAUCCGAGUAAGUAGUUUGUCGAGACCACACAUUGUACACGAGGCGCGCGAAUGUUUGGUGGUCAAUGCGUGAAGCACAGACUCAUCUAUUUGUAUAGAUUUUAAAAGUAUUUACGAUGCGCAUCACUUUGUUUUUUUACUUGUUCAUAGUAGUUUUGUUUUAAGUUAAGUUGUACAAUACUGUAUUAAUUGGUGUUGUGUUCUUUCCACUCUGUCUAAAAUAUACUGUUGUCUUUCAACAGUUAAAACUUAAUUUAAAGUACUCUUGUAAUGUUUUAGUGAUUAGUUUAUAAGAAUAAAUUAUAACUAAUUGUUUAUUAUUUUAUAAAAA